AUGGAUGCCCGCGUGUUGAGCUUGCCGCUGGAUGAGUUCUCGUCCUUCUUGGAAUCACGCGAAAUGUGGUUGAAAAACGCAGGCAAGCAUGCUCGCGGGCAACUGGCAGAGAUGAUAGAGGGUAGCCUUGCUGUCGCGCUGGACGACUCGGAACCUGCUCAGACGGGUGACCUCGACAUUGUGCUAGUGGCGGUGAAGCGGUACAAUUCCUGCUCGAUCGUGUCAUCUCCUUCAGCGGUUGCGCGCGUCAAGGCUCUGCUUGAAGAGCUGAAUGAUGCAGGUGGAGAUGGCGAGGAUGGCUAUGACUCGCUCGAAGACGGGUGCAAUCGAUAA